CUGCUGACGUCGUAUGAUGAGCUUUUCAUCACCCACUGUUCAGUCUGUCAACGUGUACUCCCCUUUGAGGGCCAUGUGCCUCCUGUUGCACGAGUAUGGAAAGCCAUUGCAAGCAACGCCGACGGAGAGAAGGGUCAAUGGGAAGCUCGUCAUAUCUCAUGCCUU